UGGUUGCCUUAGGCUCUGUGGCUCUUACGUUACUGUUUGUUUUGAUCAUCUCCUUGGAUCUUUCUUUUGCACAACAGACUGGCAUUACAAGGCACUACAAGUUCAAUAUUGUAAUGACAAACGUCACAAGAUUGUGCCAUACAAAAAGCAUCCUAACAGUGAACGGGAAGUUCCCCGGACCUUCCAUCUUUGCAAGAGAAGGCGAUAGGCUUGUUAUUCGGGUUGUUAACCACGUCCAGAACAAUGUGACACUGCACUGGCAUGGAGUUAGGCAGCUGCGGAGUGCUUGGGCAGAUGGCCCUGCGUAUAUCACCCAAUGUCCUAUCCAAACUGGCCAGAGCUACGUGUACAACUACACAAUUGUGGGUCAGAGAGGGACACUUUGGUGGCAUGCACACAUCUCAUGGUUGAGGUCCACCAUUCAUGGUCCAAUAAUCAUACUUCCUAAGUUUGGAGUUCCAUAUCCUUUUCCCAAACCUUAUAAACAAGUCUCCAUCAUCUUUGGAGAGUGGUUCAAUUCAGACCCUGAGGCAGUCAUCAACCAGGCUCUUCAAACAGGUGGUGCUCCAAAUGUCUCAGAUGCAUACACUAUCAAUGGCCUUCCGGGUCCUCUCUACAACUGCUCAGCUAAAGAUACAUUCACAUUAAAUUUGAGACCGGGAAAGGUGUAUCUUCUUCGCAUGAUCAACGCUGCACUGAACGAUGAGCUUUUCUUUGGCAUCGCCGAUCAUUUGCUCACCACCGUCGAGGUUGAUGCCAUCUACGUGAAGCCCUUCAUCAGUGACACCAUUCUCCUUGGACCAGGACAGACAACCAAUGUCCUCCUUCUCACAAAGCCAACCUUGCCAAAUGCCACAUUUCUAAUGCUAGCAAGGCCUUAUGCCAGUGGGACUGGAACUUUUGACAACUCAACAGUUGCAGGAAUACUUCACUAUAAGAACACUAAAAAGAAUUUCCCACUCUUGACUCCAAUACUUCCAUCUCUCAAUGAUACUGCAUUUGUUACAAACUUCACUAGCAAACUAAGAAGCUUGGCAACCCCACAGUUUCCAGCCAAUGUCCCUAAGAAGGUAGACCAGAAGUUCUUCUUCACUGUAGGACUUGGCACAAGCCCUUGUCUGAAUAACCAGACAUGCCAAGGGCCAAAUGGUACUAAGUUUUCAGCAUCAGUGAACAAUGUUUCCUUUGUGUUGCCUGCCACUGCACUCCUGCAAGCUCACUUCUCUGGUCAGUCAAAGAGUGUGUUCUCUUCCAAUUUUCCCAUUACCCCUCUGAACCAGUUCAACUACACUGGCACACCACCAAACAACACCAUGGUGAGUAAUGGAACCAAGGUUUUGGUGCUUCCUUUUAACACCAGUGUGGAGCUUGUCAUACAGGACACUAGCAUUAUAGGGCCUGAGAGCCAUCCGCUUCACCUUCAUGGGUUCAACUUCUUUGUUUUAGCUCAAGGGUUUGGAAACUAUGAUCCUGUGAAUGAUCCUAAGAAGUAUAACCUUGUGGACCCUGUGGAGAGGAACACUGUUGGUGUACCAGUUGGUGGGUGGGUUGCCAUCAGGUUCAUGGCUGAUAACCCUGGUGUGUGGUUCAUGCAUUGUCACUUGGAGGUGCACAUGAGCUGGGGUUUGAAGAUGGCAUGGUUGGUGUUGGAUGGGAGUUUGCCCAACCAGAAGCUACCACCCCCACCCUUUGAUCUUCCACAAUGUUGAUCUCUUUGUUUGAUGUAUUUGCUUUGAUAAGUUACUAUGAUUUUGAUUCUAUGAUUGUAGUAAAGAAAAGGGUGGCAAGAUGUGAUUGUGCCACCAUAAUAAGGAUGCUUAGUUCUUUGUACUUUCCAUUAAUAAGAUUUUUGGGAAGGUUUACAUGUGCACAAAAAGAACAUAUUAACAUCAAGCAUGAAAACCAACACUGGU